GUCUGAAAUAAAAGUCGCUGAGUAAGUUUGAGAAACUGUUAACACUUAACAGAAACAUCAUCAUCCUCAUGAACAUGGGAGAAGUAUCGUAUUCUUCAGCAACCACCAUUAAUUCCACUAACAUUGGGUUUCAGCUAUUAAAGAAGAGUGGAUGGAAAGAAGGAACUGGACUCGGUGCUUCAGAACAGGGAAGGCUAGAUCCAAUCUACGUGCAUGUAAAGAAUAACAAGGCGGGCCUUGGUGGGGAUACAAUAGAGAAGAAAGUGAAGCUGCUUACGAAAAAUUCGGCCUCGAGACGGAAAAGUGAAAUUGCUGAUAAUAGUUAUAAGGAGCAACCUCUAAUAAUGGGAGACAAAUUUGGUACAUGUAAUUCAACCUCCAUCAACUCCAGUAACAUAGGGUUUCAGCUUUUGAAGAAGUGUGGAUGGAAAGAAGGGACUGGUCUUGGUGUUUCAGAGCAGGGAAUGUUGGAACCAAUAGAAGGGCAUAUAAAGAACGACAAGUCUGGCGUUGGUUUGGAGAAAGUAAACCUUAAGUUGGUGGAACGUCCUGCCUCUAAAGGGAAACGUCAAACUGAGCCUUCGCAAACUCAGAAGCAAACCAAAAAAGCCUCCAAAAGGAUGAAGAAAAUGCUGGAAGAAGAAAAACGUGCUCAAGAAAAGGGUUUUGAAAUAGCCUUUUUCAGAGAGUUCUGGCCUGAUAAUGUCUAAAGCAGCAUCCAGAAAAAGGAAAUCACCAGCUUUAUAUAAACUUGGAUUAGAUAAGAGGAAGCAGAUAUUAGUGUAUCUCAUCCCAUUGGAAGUGUUGUCUGAGAGGGAGUGCUAGCAGCAAUCUAAUUUCACUCUGUUGUACGAGUUUGUAAAGUUUUACUUUAUUUUGUCCAAGUUUGUUGUUAACUCUAAAAAUCCGCCUACUUUAGUUUGUUGUUAACUCUAAUUUCAUUUUUUUAAAACACCAUAGUGUACAAAUAAUUCUUAUACAAAUAGUUGCAAUCACAGCAUGACUGUGUUACUGCU